CGGGGUGCCGCUAACCGGAAUGAGCCCUUUGUCCCCAUAUUUAAACUUGGACCCCAGAUAUCUAGUACAGGACACAGAUGAGUUUAUUUUGCCCACGGGAGCCAACAAAACUCGAGGCAGAUUUGAGCUGGCCUUUUUUACCAUUGGAGGAUGUUGUAUGACAGGGGCAGCAUUUGGUGCGCUGAAUGGUUUGCGACUUGGCUUGAAGGAGACGCAGAAUAUGGUGUGGUCAAAACCUAGAAAUGUACAAAUUCUAAAUAUGGUGACAAGGCAAGGAGCAUUAUGGGCUAACACUCUGGGAUCUCUGGCUCUACUGUACAGUGCAUUUGGAGUCAUCAUUGAAAAAACACGAGGUGCAGAAGACGACCUGAACACCAUAGCGGCUGGAACCUUGACAGGAAUGCUGUACAAAAGCACUGGUGGCGUGCGUGGGAUAGCACGAGGUGGUGUCGUGGGGCUGACGCUCACCGGGCUCUACGCUCUCUACAACAACUGGGAGCACAUGAAGGGCUCCAUCGCCCGGCAGUCCCUCUGAGCAGGGCAGCCAGCGCCGGGCAGAGGACACGCUUGCAUCGUCACCAAUCAAACCAGUUGCAAGAUCUGUCUGGUGCCCUUUCCUAUUUUAUUUACAAUUAGUGUGAAACCGAAGGAAGUUAUCCUGGAAGGAACCUCUUGCCAUCAUUAUAGCUGGACUGGCCCUCUCCUUCCCGCCAGCCAGUCGCUGGAGAGGCAGCAACAUCUGUUGGACCCGCGAGCGAGCGGAAUGGCCACCUUGCUAGAGUCUCCCUGCCACGCUCAGCAGCUAGCCCUGGGCCAGCACUACGAGGCAUGCUCCAGUCCCCCAGCUGUACCUGCUGCACUGCCAGGUUGGUUGGUUGGUUGCCUGUACUACACCCCCGUGGUGCAGCGUAAUAAAGGCUGUGCCCAUAGAGCCCUUCACUGCGGGCUUUCAACAUCCAGAGCCAGGGGGAGCCUCAGUGGCAGCUGGCACAGGGCAAGGCUUGUUCAUCUGGCAGCGCAGGGUAAGCUGUAAAAAGGGACGUCAUCAUUAAUAAAAAGGGUGGUAUUUACGCAUUGCCAUUUC